UCUUCUUCGCGAAUCACGCGCGAUGGAAAGGCGUUUACCGUCAGCUCAAUAAAUAUUAUCAGCUUCUAAAGUUACACGUCUUCCCUGUAAUGAUUGUACUUGAGUAAUGAAAGAAGAACGUUCUUUUAUGUGCAUGCUAUGAUUGUACGAUUAAAGCUUAAAUAUUGUGGAACAAUACGAUCUAUUUAAUUGCCCGCGCAGUAAAAUCAAAGAGUAAACCCACGGAACGACACUGAAAGAAGUAAGCGUGAUUUAAAUAAUUUCGAUAAUAUCAGUUGUUUUUUCACUAUUCUGUUGAAACUAAACAGUAAUAUGCGAUAAAUUGUGAAUUAAAUUGUCAGGACUAUCGAUAGUUAUUGUUAACAUAAGCUAUGUACCAUAUACGAAAUAAUGGUAUCGGUUCAAUCGCAAUUUGUGUAACGAAUUCCAUCCUCUGAACAUUCAUAAAAAAUCUGAAAAGCAUCUAAGUGAAGCGAAAUACACGACAACCAAGUCUGGCAGCAGAGAGGAAUUAUGCCAUAGCCCUGUUACUCAGCGUGCAUCAACGUUACUCCACAUUUUUACGAAUCUUCUCCAUUCCUGGCCGUCGUCGCGUCGUGCUGGAUCAAGAUCCAUACGUUCGAACCGCGCGAAGUAAAGAUGCUGCCAAAUAUCGGUCCGCUCUUCUGUCUGAUGCUAUUCCUCGGAGUUUCGACGCCUCAGAAUCAUCCCGGGGAUGCCGGUGUCGUUCCUGACGAUGGGGCCCAGGUUCACCACCGUCAGAAGAGACUGUUGUGGGUUACAAAUGAUGGGAGAAUCGCCUUGCCUCCUGGCACAGUGCUGACCAUAACUCCGACGAUUCUGUUACCCUUCGUGAGGUAUCCGCCUUACGGUUUCCUCAGCAACAUGUCGAUGAGCUUCCCGUUCACCAUCGACUUCGACAAACUGGGCCUAACGGACAAUGAGAAUCCUUACGGCGCUCUGCCCCCCGUCUUCGGCAGAGCGUUCCAGAGCCGAGAGGCAGGCAUGGCUCUCGGGGAUUUCAUUGCUUCCUUCAUGAAGCACAGACUCCAGAAACGCGAGGUACCGGAAGUUCCCAAAAACGCGUUCCAGGGUGGAGAACGCGCCUUACUCUACGGGAUAGCCGAAGACAUGCUCAGCCAGUUCGGAAUGGAUGGCAAAGCUUGCCUGCUCCGAGCAAUAUGCGAGGUUCACGGUCACCCUCUGGACAAUUUCGGCUUCGUUGGUGAAAUUAUACGGCUUUUUUUCACCGCGAGCAAAUCGCCGUUCGCUGAACUGAUGAAGGAUUACGUCGAUGCAGAAAAAACGGGAAAAUCGCACGGAGAAUGCUGGCCAUACUUCAAGGCGUGUCCGAAGUCACUGUUCUUGCCAUCAUCAAACAAGUACAUGGAAGAUUCCGUUCACACGGAAGGAGAGGUUGAUUUUGACGACGAGUUCAAUAAGAUUCCGCAAACUUUCGAACAGGAAUCACCGAAGAGGACUCCGACACGGAAUACGAUACAUCCAGCUAUGUAGGCUUUAGAUGAAUAUUUAGAUAUCAAAUCAUUUCCAAUUAGCAAGAAAAAUAUGAAGCACGCGAUAUACGUAAUGCUCAGAGCAAAAUCGAUCAAACUGCAGUGGGAUAGAGAAAUAAGGUAUAUUUUUUGUUGAUCGAAUUUUGAUGAAAAAUUCGCAACGUUAUUUUAUGCCAAUAAUGGUGUGCGGAAAACCGUAGUAUUGAUUACCUGUAAAUUUUAUGGAAUCAAUCAUUGCUGCUCUACAGGUUGAAGUAAUCGCAUUAUUUAUUAUCACUACGUGUCAUAUGAUUAUUAUCAAAUAUCUGGUGCUGUGCAAUUUCACGGAAAACCGACUGUUUGUAACUUCGGUACGUGACGUUAAGUGGUUUCUAUACAAUUAGUGAAAUAUGACAUACAGAUAUUCACGUUUUAAUCAUAAAUCGAUGAAGUGUAUAUAAAAAUGAUGAAGGGACUCAGGGGAAAACGAGUGAUGAAUUUUUUUAAGAGAUUUGUGUAAAAUAAUAAACACUAUUGCGAAUAAUUUAUAGUAUAGUAAAUUACUUACUAUGGUCUGUAGGAAUGCUAUAUUAUAUUACUGUUAUCUGUAUAUCUGUUUAAUUUAAGGUAAGAACGUGUUAGGUAUAUUGUAAAUAGCAUACUGUGUGAAUGUGUAUAUCAAUGUUGAAAUAAUGAAAUAAAUUAUUUAAUAUAUUGAAUGACGUAAAAGAGUUUUCGUAUAAAUUGUAUCCUUAAAUAAAUAAGUGGAAAAUAAAAGCAAUGGUACAAGGCCGAAAAGAAUAUUGAGUAAUUCGCGUUUGUGUAGUUUUGCGUUACGGGGAGGUAGAGUUGUGAUAUACGUGUAAUAUAUUCAUAGGACGAUAACAAUAUCAACAAACAGCUAUAUUUUUAAUGCUAUUUUAUUUUCUACCCCUUCAAGAUAUUCAAAGAUUUGAGCCACUACAAUUUGCAUAUUAUUUUUAGUUUACUUAUAUAUUAUUUAAAUUGCUUCGUUUUUUUCGUUCUUUCUUCCUAUCUUUCAUAAAAAAAAAAGUUCAAGAUAAUCAAUACUAUGGGAAUUCGGAAGAGAAAUGUACUUUAGCCCCUUCUAUUGCAUGUUUUUGUCGCACUGUUAUUCAUCCUCAUUUGACGGUUUGGCCAUUUCUGUUGUCUGAUAAUUUAUGUUUCUCGUAUUUUACAUUUGAA